AUGUCGUCUGUCUUCUGCUCUUCCAUCGGAAAAAUGGCUGCUUCGGCAGCAGCGGCGGCUCCUUCCCCCGGGUUGUGCCCAAGCUUCGCCGUGAUCUGCUCCUUUUUAGAGCGAUAUGGAGCCCUACUGGAUUUGCCCGAACUUACAUUUCCACAGUUGGAAAGAUAUCUUCAGGAUAACUCAUCAGUUCCUAAGCUGUUGGUUGACCUUCACGUGAAGUUGCUGAGGAAAAUUGGCAAGUCCGUCUCGGCAGACAGAUGGGAAAAGUAUCUUAUAAAGGUAUGCCAGGAGUUCAAUACUACCUGGGCAUGGGAACUCGAGAAGAAGGGUUACAAAGAGAUGACUGUGGAGUGCAAGACGGGAAUUCUUAAAUACCUUUGCGAAUGUCAGUUUGAUGACAAUGUCAAGUUCAAAACUGCAGUCAAUGAGGAGGAUCCUGAGAAGAUGCGGCUACAGCCCAUUGGGAAAGACAAAGAUGGCUUGAUGUAUUGGUAUCAGUUAGACCAAGACCAUAAUGUACGCGUCUAUGUAGAAGAACAGGAUGACCUGGAUGGGUCGUCUUGGAAAUGCAUUGUGAGAAACCGAAAUGAUCUUGCUGAGAUGCUGGCUUUGUUGAAGACACAUAUUGACCCCGCACUUCUAGUCAAGAAGGAGGGAGAGGAAGGGGCCACAAACCCAGAGGAUCAAGAGAAGAAGGGUGAAGACAAUGGAGAUGUGAAAAAAGAGGGAGACGUAGAAAAUGAUGCAGACAAGCCAUCCGACGAAAACAAGUCACCAACAUCUCCCAAGCUAGACAGUCAACACGAUGGCACAGAAAAGGAGAACAUGAAGCAGGAAGUCCCUGCUGAGGAUGCAGCACUCAAAGACAGUCAGAAAGGGGCAGACGUGGCAUCAGAGAAACCUGUCGGAGAGACAGAGGAGCACACCGUGAAGACAUCAAUAAAAGAAGAGCCCAUGGAGGUAACCGAAUCAACCAAAGCUGGCUCUGAGGUGACCGCUAGUAAACUUACCAGUCCGCCAGUGGUCACCGAACCUACAGAAGAGGCCAGGAGAAAAACUGCAGAGGAGGUCCAGCGAGCAAUCAAGAAUGACCAGCAAGCCAAAAUCCCCCUGAAGAAGAGGGAGAUGAAGCUGAGUGAGGACUUCGAUAGCAAUGCUGGCAGUGGCGGCUCGAGCGUUAUUGUGGCAAAUACGUCCCUCACCACCACCAAGGAGCCAGUCAAGGAGUUGAACGGAAAUCAGGUCAAUGGAGACACGCAGCCUGUGAAGGCAAACGAAUCUGGUACAAAAUUUGGCAUUGCAUCAACAACGUCAACUACAACGACAGAAGUGGAGAGGCGGAAAGAAGCACAGGAAGAAAAGAUGGAGGCCUCGCAAACCUCUGGGAGGAAGGAGGAACCAAACAAACAACAGUUAGAAAAGGCAGACGAUGGGAAAACAGAAAUCUCGGCAGAAAAAGAAAAAGUGUCAACACUUCCCUCAGAGGAAAAGAUGGAUGUGGAUAAGCCUGAGGCCUCUAGUUGCAUUAAAAGCACAGGUAUGCCUGAUGACAAACAGGAGCCACCACAGGAAGUGACAUGCUCUAUCAGAAAGGACAAUGAACUUCCUUUCACUACGAUCAGAAAAGCUCCUUCGUCAGAGGAGAAAUCAACAUCAUCAAAGUCAGACACAAAAUCAUCUGAAAUGUUAGAUAAUCAUGGGGUCACACCAAAAGGAACAACCAUUCCAAAUUCUUCCAAAGACAAAGCAGACUGUUCAAAAGAGCCAAGCACCACGUCAGUUCAGAACGAUUCAAAAAAAUUGGAUGGACAAAAAGGAAAGGAAAAGCAACCAUCUGACCAGACAGACAAACCUACCCCUUCCAAAAGUACAAAGCAGGUGACCUUGUCUCUUCACAAUGAAGAAGAGAAAUCUCUUGCCCCAACAAAAGAAGACGAAAGCCAGACAAAAAAAAUGCUUGUCUCUAAAACUGUGGGUGAACCACACGUGUCUGUUGAGAAAGACACAAAGAAAGUGGGAGACAACAACAAGCAAACCUCUCCAGAAGAUGUAGGUAAAUCUCCGACAGAAGAGCUCAGUGUUUCUAAGAAGACCAGUGGCCUUUCUGUUAUAAGAGAAACUAAAUCGCCAAUUUUGAUUAAGAAGACUGAAGAUGUAACCACUAAAGAAGGCGAAAAAACUAAGGAAAGUGACAAACCAUCCACUAAAGAGAGCAACAAACCAUCUGUUAUUAAGGAGCAGUUCACCUCUGAAACAACCGCUAGAGUAGCCUCUGUCAUAAAGAUGGAUACAUCAAGAUCGCCUGAUGAGAAAGAAAAACAGACAGUCAUCACUGAAACAGACAAGAAAUCCCCUGCCCAAGAAUCCACAAAAUCAAGUCCAUCUGUAGAGAAAGAAAAAUCCCCAUCCUUAAAGGGAGUGGUAAAAAGUUCUUCAGCAAAAGAAUUUGAACGUCAGCCUUCUGAAAAGAUAGAGGCAUUGAAAUUAAAGGCGAAAGACAGCACAGAAAAAGAAAUGAUCUGCAAGGAGUCAGGAACUAAAGGCACCUCAAAGCAAAUUGAAAAGGAUAAGGGUUGCACACCUUCAGCUUCUGUUGCAAACCCAAAGGAUGCAGACAAACUGGAUAGUGGUAAGGAUAAGACUUCCACGUCUGCCCCCAAAUUGAUCCCAAAGGAGACGGGCAAAACAGAGAAAGAGGCAGAGAACUGGUCUGAAAAGUGUGGUCCUGCUGCCGAAAGCAUAGAGGAGCCCAUGGAGGUUCAGACAUCAGUUCCUGGGCCCGUAAAAGCAUCUGUCAGUGAGGUGGGAAAAGCAGGAGAAAAGAAAGAUGCUGAAGAGGUAAAAGAAAAGAUGGACACGAUUGCAAAUGUAAAAGACAAGAACAGUGAGACCAAAAGGGUAGAAAAGAAAGAUGAGGCUAAGAAAGUGGAGGAGAAAAAGGAUGUGUCCAAAAAGACAGAACCGAAAAAGGAUGAAUCCAAAAAAACAGAUCAGAAAAAGGAUGAGUCUAAAAAGGCAGAAGAGAAAAAGGAUGAAUCCAAAACAGCAGAAGAGAAUAAGGAUGCAUCCAGAAAGGAGGAAUCCAAAAAGGCGGAAGUGAAGAAAGUUGAAUCUACAAAGGCAGAAGAGAAGAAGGAUGCAUCCAAAAAGGAUGAGUCCAAAAAGGCAGAAGUGAAGAAGGAUGAAUCUACAAAGGCAGAAAAGAAAAAGGAUGCAUCCAAAAAGACAGAAGAGAAGGAUACAUCCAAAAAGGAGGAGUCCAAAAAGGCAGAAGUGAAGAAGGAUGAAUCUACAAAGGCAGAAGAGAAGAAGGAUGCAUCCAAAAAGACUGAAGAGAAGAAGGAUGCACCCAAAAAGACAGAAGAGAAGAAGGAUGCACCCAAAAAGACAGAAGAGAAGAAGGAUGCAUCCAAAAAGGAUGAGUCCAAAAAGGCAGAAGUGAAGAAGGAUGAAUCUACAAAAACAGAAGAGAAAAAGUAUGCAUCCAAAAAGACAGAAGAGAAUAAGGAUGCAUCCAAAAAGACAGAAGAGAAGAAGGAUGCAUCUAAAAAGGAGGAGUCCAAAAAGGCAGAAUUGAAGAAGGAUGAAUCUACAAAGACCGAACAGAAAAAUGAUGCAUCCAAAAAAGCAGAAGAUAAGAAGGAUGAGUCCAAAAAGGCAGAAUUGAAGAAGGAUGAAUCCACAAAGGCAGAAGAGAAAAAGGAUGCAUCCAAAGCAGCAGAAAAGAAGGAUGCAUCCAAAAAGGUAGAGGUAGAGGUGGAGAAGGAUGAAUCCACUAAGGCAGAAGAGAAAAAGGGUGCAUCCAAAUCAGCAGAAAAUAAGGAUGCAUCCAAAAAGGUAGAGGUGGAGAAGGAUGAAUCCACUAAGGCAGAAGAGAAAAAGUGUGCAUCCAAAGCAGCAGAAAAGAAGGAUGCAUCCAAAAAGGUAGAGGUGGAGAAGGAUGAAUCCACUAAGGCAGAAGAGAAAAAGGGUGCAUCCAAAGCAGCAGAAAAGAAGGAUGCAUCCAAAAAGGUAGAGGUGGAGAAGGAUGAAUCCAAUAAGGCAGAAGAGAAAAGGGGUGCAUCCAAAGCAGCAGAAAAGAAGGAUGCAUCCAAAAAGGUAGAGGUGGAGAAGGAUGAAUCCACUAAGGCAGAAGAGAAAAAGGGUGCAUCCAAAGCAGCAGAAAAGAAGGAUGCAUCCAAAAAAGUAGAGGUGGAGAAGGAUGAAUCCACUAAGGCAGAAGAGAAAAAGGGUGCAUCCAAAACAGCAGAAGAGAAGAAGGAUGCAUCCAAAAAGGAUGAGUCCAAAAAGGCAGAAGUGAAGAAGGAUGAAUCCUCUAAGGCAGAAGAGAAACAGGAUGCAUCCAAAAAGGCAGAUGAGAAAAAGGAUGAAUUCAAAAAGGCAGAGGAGAAAAAGGACGAGUGCAGAAAGGCAGCAGAGAAGAAACAUGAGUCCAAACACAUGGAAGAAAAGGACUGCCAUGCCGAAACAACCCCCAUGGACUGUGAGGAGCCUGCCAAAAAGGACGCAGAUAAAAAGAAAUCUGGAUCAGAUGAAGAGUCAGAACAUGACCCGAAACAAGAUGGUGGAAAACUUGAGCCCUCGAAGAAGAAGAAGAAGAAGAAAGAAGACCACAGUGGCUCCGAGGAGAGCAAGGAGAAGGAUGAGGAGAAGACGGACGAGCCUGACAAAUCAGCCCAGACUGAAGACGGAGAGGGCGGCGAUAACGAGGGGUUGCACCUGAAGAUCCGCGUGGCAGCGCACCGCAGGAAAGCAGAGCUCCAGAGGGAGGAGAGGCGGGCCGACUCGGAGUCGGAGGCCGGGGACGGGAGGGGGCUCAGGAGAUCGCCCCGGAUCUGUCGCCCAACUGCCAAGGUGGCCGAGAUCCAGGACAGGAAACAAGACAAGAAACCGUUCACACUGCUGGCCGACAAAGAGGUUGAAAAGCCAGAGAAGGAGGAGGAGGAAGAGGAGGAGGAGGAGGAGUGUCCGGUUCCAGUGAGAAAACCCAAGGAGAAGAAAGUGGACUCUGAUGCACAUUCAAAGUCAAAGGGUAAACGACGGAGGCGGACACGCUGGUCAAACACACGAACGCGACGGAAAAAGAAAGGUUCGGAGGAUGACGACGACGAUGAUAACGAAGACGAGUCGAGCGUUGAAGAGGAAUCUGAGGAGGACCCCAGUGAUGAGGACUACAAAGUGGAGAAGCGGCCCCGAAGGACGAGGAACCGCAGAGAGAGGAACACGGACGACUCUGACACGUCUUCCGAUGAUGACCUCCCACCAAAUGACGAUCCAUGUAAACACUGUGGCCUGCCAAACCAUCCUGAACUGAUCCUGCUGUGCGACUCAUGCGAUAAUGGGUACCACACAGCUUGUCUCAGACCCCCCCUGAUGAUCAUCCCUGAUGGAGAAUGGUUCUGCCCCCCGUGCCAGCAUAAGCUCCUAUGUGAAAAACUGGAAGAGCAAUUAACAAAUCUCGAUGCCGUGUUAAAGAAAAGAGAACGUGCCGAGCGAAGAAAAGAGCGUCUGGUCUAUGUUGGCAUCAGCGUGGAGAACAUCAUCACUCCGUCGAUGGAAGUGGAGGAGCAGAAAGAACCGGAAGUGGAAAAGAAGGAAAAGAAAGAAGUUAAAAAGAGCAAAAGCUGGGGUCGGAGGUCAACAAGGGCAAAGAAAUUCAUAAGCUACAGGUUUGAUGAGUUUGAUGAAGCCAUCGAGGAGGCAAUUGAAGAGGAUCUCAAAGAAGCAGAAGGUGGAGGAGCUGGCCGGGGUAAGGACAUGGCCAACAUCACAGGGCUCAGAGGGAAGGACAUGUCCACCAUUUUGAGUGAGGAUGGCAAGGAGAACGGAAAGCCACAGCGUCCGAACGUCGGACAGCGGAGGAAGAAGCGGCGGCGUCUCAACGACCUGGACAGCGAUGAGGAGGAGGAUGAGGAGGAGAGCGAGGAUGAGUUCCGCAUCAGUGACAGCUCUGAAGAGGAGGAGUUUGUGGUGUCCGAGAACGACGCGGAGAGUGAUGCUGAGGCCCAGUCCGGCGACGACAGCGACUUCGGGAGCACGGGCAACGGCCCACGGUUUCGGGGCUCGGCGUGGUCCAGGAAGUCUGUUAAGCGUCGGUGGAAUACUCGGCAGCCACGGCGACGCAGGCGACCCAAAGGCUACUCCGACGACGAAGAACUGGAGGAGACUGAAGAGGAGGAGGAUGACGAGAUCGCUACGGAGGGUUCGAGUGAGUUCAGCGAGAGUGAUCUGGACAUGCGGAGGCGGCGUUCCCGUCGGAGUCUGAAAAAGGCGGUGAACUACUGUGAAACGUCCGAAUCGGAGGGCUCCCAGACUGCCAAGAACAAGGACAAAAUGAAGCCGCGCAAACGUCUCUCCAGCUCCGAGAGUCAAGCAAGCUCCAGCUCCCGAGAUUCCGAUGAGGGGGAGCGGAAGAAAAAGAGACGGAGAAGAGAUUCUUCAGAGGAGGACUCGAAGAAACGGCGGAGGCACCUGUCCCUCAAGCGGAGGAGAGAGUCCGAGGACAGCGAUGAUGACGACUCGGACGACUCUGAGGAGGAAGACCGCCCGAUCCGCAAACGGGUGAAUCGCAUCGACUCUGACGACUCCGACGAGGAAGAGGAGGAGAAGAAGAGUGCGCCGGCAGAGAAGGAGUCGGAGGAGUCUAAGAGGCCACCGCGGCCUCUCGGCUUGGACGAGGAGGACGAGGAGGCGGCAGCUCUGGUGAAGGGGACCAGCCCGCUGGACUACCUCGUGGUCGACCUGCCCCCGACCAACGGACAGAGCCCAAUGAAAGGGCCGGAGGGCCUGAUCUCCAGGCCUCCGGGGGGCGCUGUGGUCGGAGCUGCCGCGGGCCUCAUGGCCCACAUCGGCCCCAAGAACCCGGCCGCAGCCACGGCCGUCGCCAUGACCGCCAACGGCCUGGCUUCGCAGGAGAUGCCCCCGCCCGACGAGGAUGAGGACGACCUGCUUGGCGUCACAGACCUUGUUGACUAUGUCUGCAACAGCGAACAGUUGUAAAGGAAUUUGAACUUUUGUCCUUUUCAAUCCCCCCAUCCCCCCAAAUCCUUGGCAUCCUCUCCACUAUCCAUUCCCUGUACGUUUGACCCCGUACUGCAUCUUUUCACUUUCUAUGCCCCCACCCCACCCCAACAACUGCCCCCCGCGCCCGCCCAAACCACCCUCCCUCCUCAUGCUUCACACGUUAUGUCCAUACCUAAUGCCAGCAAUGCAACCUCAACCCCGCCAAUAGCGUACCAAGUACUGCACAGAAUGAGACUGUUCUGGGUCGGCUUCCCUCAACUCCUCUUGUGACUGAGGUCAGCAGCAGUGCUACCAUUGGGAGUCCCGUAUGUCAGACGUGUAGGCUGCGUGUCCUGGUUGAGAGGGCAGAGCCUCAAAAGGCUGUAAAUAUUCCACUUCACAAAAUCCGAGACGUUUUUUUGUGAAAGAAAAAAAAAAGAACUUUCAACUCGCAGUUGGAAAAGCAGUUUUAUAACGUCACCUUCCCACCCUGUGUCCAGUAUGAAGUAUCCUUCUUAAUCAUGUGACAUUAUCUUUUUUCCAUCGUGUAACCGACAUGCUAGAGAUACCCGUUAUAUACUGUAGAACACAUCAUGUUGUUUAUUCUUUGAUUGUGUGUUGGUCUUGGUAGGAAAUAGUGUAGUAUUAUUUUCCAUCACUUAAAAUUUUUACAUUUUGUAUUAAAUCGUAAAACCUUACUUAUGUGUAAAUUUCAAGAGAUGGAUUGCAGCAGCGUUCCAUGUUGGACUGUCUCAUAUGGGUUCAUUAUCUUCCACGUAUUAUUGCUGAUUAUUGCUCUUGUCAAAAAGUGGACACCACAGUAAAAAAAAGUUUGCCCUCUAGAUAAAAUGUUUGUCCAUGGCAUAUUGAAAUCAUGUUAUUUGGUUGUAUGUUUUUGCCUGAAAGGCAAUGCAAAUAUUCAUGAGAUGUCCUCAAAUGCGAUCAAAAAAGGUAUGGUGAACUUGGUCUUAAACAAAACCAAUUGUGUAUUUAUAUUAAGUGUUUUUAAAAUGACAACUAAGCAGAACCAGGAUGCUUAGUAUUUUUAAAUUGCAUUGUAUAUUUUGUAGCAUUCAUUGAGUCCGUUUCAUAUAAUAUCAUAAUGGCUUUUUUUAGUUUUCAUUACAGCUUGUUACCGUUUCCCCGAAUUGUAUUUGGACUGUUUUUUUUUGCCCUUAGCAAAAUAUGCAUACCCGUAUAAGUCGAACACUAUUAAUCCUGGCAGCUGUUUAGUGCAUUAAAUGCCAAAUAAAAAUGUCUUUCUUGAAGACCACACCCAACCACAGACACAUGCUAGGCGUUUGAAUGAAGAAAAGGUGUAUUUGUUUGGCUGAAAAGGUAUCUCAUUAUGUGUGUGUUAAUGAGCAUAUGUUUUGGCUACUUACAUGAGAAGCUCAAAGAUGGUCCAUUUCUGGAAGUUUUGUUUUGUUUUGUAGGAAUUUUGAUUGCACCACCAACACUAUCAGUGGAUUCCAUGCACUUCAUCUCAUUUCAUUUUAAUACAUAUAUUUAAUAAAAGGGAUUUGUCAUAUGUUAUGUAGUUUGUUUGGUUUUUUUUAUCCCCUCUGACUUUUGAAUCAUAUCCUAUGUUCCGUUGAAAUGCGGCCAUUGAAUUACUUUUUCUGUCUGAAGUCUAACCCCAUACACCUUUUUGUACAUUUACUUAGUCGCAAAGCUGUCGUGGUUUAUAAUGAUGUAUUAUUUCCCACCCCUUUUUUUUUUUUUUUUUAAUAAAAUGCGAUCUAUUAUCCUUAUUGAUUUCUCCUGGAUGAGUAGAUCUGAUUUGUCAAAUCAUUUUGCAUGUCAUAAAUGUUUAUGAUCUGUCAAAGUAUUACCUUUUGUCACAUCCACACUGUUACCAUGGCGAUAAUGCUCAAGCAUACACUCACUAGUUCUUACCAUCAAAAAAUCUCUGAAUCCAAAUUGCGGAUGUUUUUUUUAUUUGUGCGUGUGUAUAUCUGAAUGAUAUCUGAAUUAGUUUGUUUUGCAGUGCAACAUACCUAGGUCAUCAGCGUGAGGAUUUAUCUCGCGCGUAUAUAUUUUUUGGUUGUUUUUUAUUAGUAGUAAGUUGUGGCACUUAACCUACUUUCUUUUUUUACAGCGAUUUGGUAUUUUGUUUUCCAUAAUGUCCAUGGAAGGAGUGAUAACAGUUCUUUAAGGCUUCCCCACAAUACUGGAUUGACACAAGGAGUCACGUAUAACAUGCUUUCUGACAGGAUUUUAGAUAUGUUGGGUAUUUGCGGUGUGAAGUGGGCAGCAAAGUACUGCUCACCAUGGUGGAGGAAUUCUGUAAAAAUGUCUUGUAUAAUAAUGUGAAAACUUGGCAUGCACAUUCGCUCCCCCUAAAUCCUUGACAGAUAUAUACCCAACAUGUAUGGGGUAAGCAUCGUCUCAUAUUUAUUUUUUUACAUAUCGAUUGAGAAUAUUAGAUGCUACUUUCUUCUUUUUCUUCUUGAGUUUCUAGAUGCUGUCUAACUGUUCUCUAUAGUCUGAUUUGUAAACCAUUUACAAGGCAAUGUAGUGCUUUUAAGUAGGAGGUUGAACUGGUUUGAAUAUAAUCCUCCUAUUAGAGUAUUUGCAGAUAUAUCAAGACGAUUGUAAGAGGGUAGAAAAGGAAUCCAGAGAUCCUGUUCAUCUUUGUAAUUAUGUUCUUUAUAUAUUUAUUAGCUGCUUCCAUUCUUGUGUUUAGUAAAGCUUCAGUUACUUACUGUUAAUAAAUAUUUUAAAUUGCAGUCUGUCACAAUUUAAAAUAUUUCACCUAAGGACUGAGGCCUGAGACCGUGUGUCUGCCAGUUAUAUAAGUGUUAAAUGUAGUCAGGUCUUGAUAGACUUCCAGUCAGUCUUGCUUGGACGGUAGCUUUUAGACCUGUUCUGCGUGUGUCUGGUCUUUUUGGAUGUUUUUGUUAUGAUGUUCCUUUGAUAUAAAUGCAAUCUUGUACAUUUGUCAUAUUAAAAGGGCACUUGACCUAA